AGGUUGACGUCCUUUAGGAUUCACUGGUUUGAUCUGUAAUGCAUAGAAAUUCAUGAUUUGAUUGCUCAAACUGCUGAUCAGGGCUCUCUCUCAGCUAAAAAUGACAAGGACAGUCUCCGAGCCCCACUUUUGGUUCAGGGAAACAGGGUCCUUUCACUUGUUUUGAAAUUCUUUGUAUUCUUCUCAUUCUGUCAGCGGGACCACCCUGCCCCAUCCUGCAAGCUGUCCAGUCCUUGGGGAAGAGGACUCUUCUUCUCAGGACCCCUCUGUCCACCCGUCUCCUCCAACUGCCCUGACCACACCUCCCCACCCCAGGCUCCUAUGCCUAUGUCCUCAGGGGACUUGGCUGUGAAUUGCCACCUUCCCCCAAAUGUUCCUUUCCCCAAAAAUGCCACCAUACCUCACCACACAUGUGGGUGACAGAAAAGCUGAGUAACAAAGUAAUGCGGUUUUUCAAUCACCUGGACCUUUGCACUCCUCCAAGAGUGGGCUCACAGAGCCCAGGGAGGGAGUUGGAUCUGAGCGAUCCAAGGGCCUGGGACCCAACGGUGAUGAUUCCAGUGAAACCCACCCCCACCCUGCCAGGGGACCUGCUCCCCAUUGAGUCACGACUGAGGACACCCAAGGGCUCCUGCUUUGUCAACCCAUCCUGCCGUCCUCCGCACUACUGUUGAUGUGUAUCGGGCAGAGAACGGAGCUUUUCCUUGUGGUGUGUUUUUGUUCUGUCCAGGAGAGAACUCGGAGAAAAGAGCUUGAAGAAGAGAUGGCAGAAACAGGAACAGAGUCACAUGUGGACCCAUCAGAGGAAAGAGAGGACCUGGGGCCUCUGGAACCAGAGGACAGUGGUACCUUCCAACAAGUCACAAACCUCCUCAACAUCAUGGAGAGCGACUCAACCAAAACGGAUGCUGCAGGAGCAGGUUUUGACAUGAGGAAGAGGCUGGCCUCGCUGAUCAUCACGGAGAAGGCCACCACCGAGCCUUCCGUGGUGAGGAAUGCUCUCAUCGGCUGCCUGCAGGUGCCGGAGAUUUCCACUCAGCGCAAAGUCAACAUCUACAACAUCCUCCAGGAGGUCACCCAGCAUGAGGGCGAACUGGAGGAGCGCUGCGUCCAGAGGCUGGUGGCCAUCGCCUCCAGGGAGAUGAGGGGCAUGCUGGAGGUAGCGGGGGUCCUGCCCUGCCCGCCUGCCACCGCCCCAGGGGCUGGGCUCUGGGGGGCCGGUGGGAUGCCCGAGGCCUCUGUCCGGUGA